AACCUCCAAGUCCUUCCUCUAUGGUAUCGUCCAUCAAUUUGUGUCUCUGAACAAAAGGUCUUAAGGUCGGUUGGAGCUGUUUACCCUGAGCUUCUAGCUGGACAAGCUGGAGAAGUUGAUUUUAAAUGGCAAGAACUAUAUGGAGAUGUUGUCUGAGUCCGAGCAUUCUCACGGAAGACAAGCUGUUAAUAUCAGAUCCCAAAGCUAUCAAUAUAUGUAUCACACAACCAGGUACAAGUUCUCCAAGCCAUCUGGCAGAAAGGAAAUGAUCGCUCCUCUUAUGAGAGAAAGCGACGAUGCCAGCCACCCGAAACAUAGGAAGGCUAUGGAGCCUACUUUCGGUAUAUCGAAAAUUAGGGCUUUCGUUCCUACUUUCUUCUCGUGUGGAGGUAAAGUACGUAUAUUUUCCUCAUUUCAGAUUAUCCAAGACAAAGGCUGUACGGAAAGUUGGUAUCAAAUGGCAGGAUAUAAUUUCCAUGUCAGGUGGCGACUCGGCGGUCAUCGACGUUGUUCAAUGGAUCUCCGGUGUGACCUUGGAUGUCGUUGGCCAAGCCAUCUUCGAUAUCGAUUUAGGACUGUUUGAGGGCGAGGAGAGGCAUCCUUUGGCGGAAGCAUAUGCCAACACUUUUUUCAAGGAAUUCUCGGCCCCAAAACCAGAUAGCGCUAAAUCUCUUGUGCUUGCCUUUUGUCUUGUUGAGCGCCUUCCCAAGGCGAUCAUACGGCUCGUCGUCAACCACUCGCCUGCUCCUCGGUUUGCACAAAUACAAUACUCUGGCCAAGUAAUCGGUCAGAUAACGAAGAAAAUGUUGAACGAACGAUACGAUUCCCUUGGUUCUGGAAGAGAUGGUAAAGACAUCGUUAGUCUAUUGGUGAAAGCAAAUACUUCAACUGAUGAGAAGAUGCGCCUUAACGAAUCAGAAGUCCAGAGUUUUAUGAAUGGCUUGCUUUUCGCAGGACACGAAACCUCAGCAAACACUUUGUCUUGGAUUAUUUAUGAGUUGGUGAGGUGCCAACAUAGGCUCCGGGCGGAAAUCCCAGUCACAUUAGCUGCCCGAGGUCGCGACCUGUCUACAUCAGAUUUGGAUGCUAUGCCAUACUUGGGAGCAGUCAUAAAGGAAGCCCUUCGAUAUCAUCCGAUCGCGUAUCACAACGUCAGGAUAUCCACCCGGGACGAUGUUAUUCCUUUGAGCAAACCUAUAACGACAGCAUCUGGCAAAGUUCUCAACGAACUUCCCAUAGCAAAAGGGACCUACAUCAUCAGCUCGGCUGUGGCAUAUAACCGAAAUAAGGAUAUCUUCGGCCCUGAUGCAGAUCUCUACCACCCUGAUCGCUGGUUAAAGGCAAAACCCAAAACGCGCUCGGAUGCUCCAUCCAUUGGCUUGAUCGGUAACCUCUUCACGUUUGGCGGCGGGCCUCAAUCAUGUAUUGGAUGGCGCUUUGCGGUUCAUGAGAUGCAGGUCUUACUCAUCGAGCUAAUGGACAACUUUGAGUUUUACCCUACCGACGUCAUUCCUCGAAUUCGCAGAGAGGCUUGUCGAGUAAUGGUGCCAACGAUUGAGGGAGAGGUGCAGAAGGGUGCUCAAAUGCCCAUCCGUGUGAAGGUCGCGUCCCGGAAUGCUUGACACGAUCAUAAUCUAUAUUUUCAAACACAGCGUUGUAGAAUGUUAGGAUUUGUAACAACUUUCCUCUAAGGAGGAUCGCAGGUCAAUGUCGAAUAGGUCUUUGCUCAAUUGAGUAGUGUCGAUG